AUGCCGCCUUGCUGCCUCAUGCGGGCCAUCGGUGGCUCUGGUGCUGGCCGAAAGGCUGACACCGCCUCUUCAACUCAGCAUCAGCCACCGUCAAUCGAAGAAGACCAAGCCUCCAAUUGCGCCGACUGCGGGCACAGCACCCAGCAACAUCAGCAUCAGCAUCAACACACUACCGCGCCUGGCUGUGGGUCGGACAAGUUCGGCUCGCAUCCCAAGUGCUGGUCAUGCGACAACUUCGUGAAGGGUAUCCCUCUGUUCUGCACCUGCUGCCAGAAGGUGCAACCGCCCUCCAACUACGACUUCUUCGAGCUCAUGGGCAUGCCGAAGCGGUUCGCCGUAGAUGCCGGCAAGCUGGAGAAGCACUACUGGGCGCUUCAGCGCAAGCUACAUCCUGACAACUUCCACACCGCCACCACUAGGGAACGCAACUAUUCGGAGGGCGUGUCGUCCAUCAUCAACGAGGCCUACCACACGCUCAAGCACCCCAACAGACGGGCCAAGUAUCUUAUGCAGUUGAAGGGAGUGCCGCUCGACGAGACGACGGGCACGAUCACCGAUCCCGACCUGCUGAUGGAGGUGAUGGAGAUCCGCAUGCGGCUGGAAGAUGCCGACGACGCCGAGCUCCGUGCACUCGAGCGCGAGAACAAGCAGAGGCUCGACCGCUGCUACGAGGAGGUCGGACACGCCCUCGACGCCUCCGACAUGGACAAGUGCCGAGACGUGGCGGUGCGUCUACAGUACUUCGUCAAGAUCGAGGAGGAAAUCAAAAGGAGGAAGAAGGUCGAGUAG